AUGCGGCUUGGAAAUGCUUUUGUAAACAUUUCAGCUUGUUUCAGGCGCCCGCCUCGAGCUUCAACGCCAUUUGGGAGAGGUUUCCUACGUUUUCAAUCAUCGACUUCAUUUAACACUGCAGUGCUACUCCAGAAAAACCUGGCUCAAAGAAACCAUUCGCUUUUCAACUAUGGCAAUGACACUUUGCGCUGCACGAUCUUGGACUCUCAAGGAAACAUUGGUAUCCCAUCCUUAGAGGUAAAACGCGAGGAUUUGAUCUCGAUGCAUGGUCUUUUACCUCGAGACUUGCGGAAGAUUGAAAAAUCUCGCAAAAAGGAUCUUGUUCCCAUUCUUUUGGUGCGUGAAAACAGUAUUUUUAUCAGCUUACUGACCAUUCGAGCUCUAGUGAAGAGCGAUCAAGUUAUACUGUUUGAUUCCGUGGGCCUAUCCUUGGAGUCGAGUGCUCACCGGACUUUUCUCAAUGAUUUGAGCAUGAGACUACGAAAUCAGGACAUGAACGGCAUAUAUAAAGACCCUCUGCCAUACGAGUUUCGUGCAAUCGAAUCCAUCUUUGUCUCAGCGCUUUCCAACAUGUCCGCAGAGAUGAAAGUGCAUUUGACCUUGACGCGUGGCAUCUUACAAGAUCUGGAAUACAGCAUCACGCGGGACAAACUACGGUUUCUGCUGAUUCAGAACAAGCGACUGAGUCAGUUUUACAAAAAAGCUUCGCUUAUGGGCGAAAUGAUAGACGAUUUGCUCGACCAAGACGACGUUUUGUCCGAUAUGUACCUGUCGAGCAAGAAAGCUGGGAAGUUUCGGGACGAAAAGGACCACACAGAGAUUGAAAUGCUCUUAGAAACCUACUAUGCUCAUGUUGAUGAAGUCGUACAGACUGUGGGGAAUACGAUAUCCGAUGUGCGAACAACGGAAGAGAUUAUAAACAUCAUCCUGGACGCCAAUCGCAACCAGCUUAUGCUUCUGGGUCUACGUUUCAGCAUAGGACUCCUUUCGAUGGGCUGUGCGAUCUACGUUGCGUCCCUGUAUGGAAUGAACCUGGAAAACUACAUUGAGGAAACGAAUUACGGGUUUUUAGUGGUCACUGCUGUUGGUUUUGUAUCGAUGGGCAUCAUUUUCGGCUAUAGUAUAAGACAACUCCACAAGCUACAGAAAAUGACACUCACUGAAAGCAGCAAGCAUCACGUAUAA